AUUGGUCAACGUGCAAUUCUCUUUACCAUGCGGCAUUGAAAGGAGAUUGUAAAAUGGGUAAAAAAAUCUUAGAGGAGCAACAACCUCAAAAUCGACAUGAAAUAGUAAACUCAGCCAUUACAAAUUCAACUUGGGAAACUGCUCUUCAUGUGGCCGCAGGAGCCAACCAAACUGAGUUUGUACAAAUGUUGAUUAAUCAUCCAGAUAUUGAUUUGACUUUUCAAGAUAUAAAUGGCAACACUGCUUUUUCUUCAGCCAUUGCUGGUGGAGCUAUAAAAAUCGUUAAGAAAUUUCUCACUCUCCACCUAAAUAAUAUUAAUAAUUAUUUCGUAACAACUCGAGAUGAGAAAGGCAUGUCACCAUUAUACAUUGCUUCAUGGUUUGGACAACCUCAAAUAGCUUCACUAUUGUAUCAACAUACCAUAAUUAACAAUGUUGAUUUGGAAAAUGGAGAACAGUUUGGAAUAUUUUUCAAUUGUAUACAUAACGAUAUCUACGACUUAGCCUUGAAAAUGAUUGAAAGUAGAGGUCAUAUUGUUCACCAACUCGAUACAAACGGUGAAACUGCUUUGCAUAUUUUGUCUCGAAAGCGACCUAUGGAAUUUAAAUUUAAUCCACAAGCUAUUGGAACAUGGAAUCGAGUUUGGUCAAAAAUUUCAUUCCAAUCAGCACGAAGACGACGUGAUGAAAUGCCAGCUCUAAGAUUGGCAAAAGAAAUAUGGAAGAGAAUUUUGGAAGGACAUGAGUACGAGUACUUUGAAAUUCGAAGCAUAAUUAGAAAUCCAUUCAACUUAGUGAUUGAAGCUGCAAAGAAUGGAAAUUUUGAUCUUUUGGUAGUACUUUUCAGCAUGUGUCCGGAAUUAAUUUGGGAAAAAGAUGAUGAAAACAACACCAUAUUUCACAUUGCAAUUUUGAAUCGUCAUGUGAAAAUAUUCAAAUUAAUACAUGAAAUAAAUGUAUUGAAAAGUGUUGUACGAAUUCAAGAAGAUGAAACAACAAACAACAACAUAUUACACCUUGUUGCCAAAAAACCACAACAAAGUAGAUUGGAUUCCAUGCUUGGAGUAGCAUUACAAAUGCGACACGAACUCUUGUGGUAUCAGGAGGUGGAAAAGAUCUUAGCGCCUUCGCUAAGAAACAAAAGAAACAUAUUUCAUCAAACACCGAAAGAUAUUUUCAUCGAAGAACAUACCGAAAUGAUGAACGAUACGGAAAAAUGGAUGAAGAAAAAUUCAAAUACUUGUCUAAUUGUCGCAACAAUUAUUCUAACGGUUACAUUUCCAACGGCUUUUGAUAUCCUAGAUCAAGGUAGUUAUAAUAGUAUUAAACAUACCAAGGGUAUUAUUACUAAUAGUAGUGACCACCAUACAAUGAUCUCUAUGACACUUCUAACUAUAACAAAUGCCAUAGCCAUGUCAUUUUCAUCAACAGCCAUAUUGCUAUUCUUGUCCAUAAUGAUAUCACGUUUCACUGAGAAAGAGUUGGUUAGGAGAUUGCCAUGGACAUUUGUAGUUGGACUCUCUUUGCUUUUCAUCUCUGUCACUUCCAUGAUGCUCUCAUUUUGUUUUUCCUCUUUUUUACACAAUGCUUCAUUAAGGCUACCAAUUAUAUACUCUUCUCUUCAACUUCUUCCAAUAGCUUUGUUUUUCUAUCUUAUCUUUCCUGUCCUUCGUGAUACACUACAUUCCACAUUCUUUUUCCAAAAUGACUUCAAGUCAACAAAUCAUGUAUUACAACAUUAUCAAAGGUAA